CCUCGUUCUAACAACAACUCCACUCUAGCAUCUACCGGUCGGGCAGUCGCACUCCCUUGCGACUGCGAUCGUUACCCCCCCCUGGUAUGGGGCCUCCUGACUUUCGCCUAACACUAAAUGUCAGGGGUUAUAAGGACUGGGCAUAUUGAAUUUCAACAGUUUUCACAGGAAAGCAGCUACUGCCAGAGGGUUAUUUUGCACGCGAAUCUCCUUACGCCUUGAAGAAAUGAAGGAAUAAAGAAUGAACCGUCGUCCUGACAGAGAGAAACCAUGAGCAACGCAAUAGAACUAGAAGAAAACGUCAAGAAGCUGGUCGUACGCCUUCAAAAUGUGGAGAAAGGGAAGCAGAUUGACAACCUGGUUCAGAUAUUGGAAGAUUUGCACGCUCACACCUUUUGUGAUGACGCUCCUGAAAUCUUCAGUCACGUGAAUGUGCAUCUGCCCCUCUUACUGGUGCUGGAGUCCUACAUGCGAGUGGCUGUCAUCCAGGAGGUGGGCUGGUCUUUACUAUGCCGAUUGAUAAUGGUAUAUCCAAAUAUACUUCAUAGUUUACAUACUCCAGUAGAUAUUGGCCAUGAAUGGGAAGUUCUUGGCGUUCAUCAACAAAUUCUGAAAAUCCUGUCUAUGUAUCUGACAAAUCGUAAUGUCUUGAUGGUUGGAUUGAAAGCUUUAACCAGCAUCCUUGAGUCAGAUGUAAUACAUUUUCUGGUUUUGGAUCAUGAAGCGGAUGUUUUUCUGUUGAUUUUUGAAGCCAUGAAGCUGUUUUCAGAUAAAGAAGAUAUUCAGAUAUAUAGCUGCCAAGCAUUGUAUUUGCUUUUAAUGAAAGUUCCAGAAGAGCAAUUAAUAGAGUUUGUAGAGAGCAAAGAUCAUUUGAUCAUCUUCAGGGUUCUAAUGCAGUAUAAGGAUACAGAGUCUGUGAUUUACCAAGCUCUGCGUGUUUUGAUCCCAUUGGCAGCCCCACCCUGCAAUGUGGAAGUCCUUAUGUCUGGCAAUGUCCGAUGUUACAACAUAAUAAUGGAAGCAAUGAAAACCUUUCCAAACAGUGAAAAGAUCCAAGAAGUCUGCUGUUGUUUGUUCCAUAAACUUACAUUUGGAAGCUUUUUUAACAUCCUGGUAUUAAAUGAAGCUCAUGAAGUCAUUAUAAAAGCACUAAUAAGCUAUUCUGCAAAUUCAAAAUUACAAGCAGCUGCCCUGACGUGUCUGGCUCUUCUUACUGAAACCAUAUUUUUAAACAAAGACUUGGACGACGGAGAAGAUAGAGAUGACAAUAGAGGACAUCUUUAUUGGUUUGAAGCUUCAUUUAAAGCUUUAAAACUUCAUAAGAAGAAUACUGAAGUCCAGGAAGCUGCCUGCUGGGCCCUAAAUAAUCUUCUUUUGUACCAUCCUGAGCUUCAUGAUAGAAUUGGAGAUGAACAGAAUAAGUACCCUGUUCACAGAGAAGUGAUGCUGUCCAUGCUGAUGCAUUCUUCUUCCAAGGAGGUUUUCCAAGCAACCACAACUGCGCUAGCCACACUAUCUGGACACAAUGUGAUUAUUAGAAAGAUUUUAUUGGAGAAAGGUGUUCAUAUCAACGUACUUGAAAUAAUGAAAGAACAUCUGCAUUCUCCAGAAGCAGCAGAAAGUGCCUGCAGAGUCCUUCUUGAAUUUUUUAAUGGAAGCUCCUUUAAUUUGGAUGUCCUUACUGUGACAAUGACAAGUCUGUUAAAUGCCAUGAAGAAGCAUAAAAAGGUUUCUGGGGUCCAGCUGGAGGCCCUGCGGGUAAUGGUGCAGAUUAUGUGUGAUGAUACUACAUAUGAUGUUCUAAAUAAUCCCAUAAAUGCAGAAGACAGUUCAUUCCUAAAUCUUCCACGUAAAGUAAUCAGAAACCAGUGCUUACUUGAAGGAACUCAUAAGUUCAUUUUACAAGCCCUCAACAAGUUUAUUUCUAAUCCAGGAAUACAAGCCUGUGGUCUGAAAGUAGUGAGCUCCCUGUCUGAAUGUUCGGGGUCUUUGGAGUUGCUAUCAGAGCAAGGAACUUUUGAUACUAUCCUGCAUAGUAUCCAGAUGUAUCCUGGAAAUGAAGAAAUUCAAUACUUUGGAAUCUCUCUCCUGUCCUUUCUAAUAACAAGAAAAAACAUUUGCAUUGCUAUAAUGGACCUAUUGUCAACUCAUUUGGUUUCCACAUUACAGCGGUAUGAGGAUGUUGUCCGGAUACAAGAGGAAGGAUUUCGGGCUGCUCUAACACUGAUGAAGCUGUCUCACAGUUUUGCAAAGCUGUUAGAACUACAAGAUUUUGACACUGUACUUUUUUACCAAAUAUCUAUGUGUUUAGCAAACAAACGGAGCCAGAAGUUUCAGGUAUUAUGUUAUCGCUGUUUUGCUGAAAUGACCUUGGAUGACAACGUAAAGAACAAAUUUCUGGCCAAGGCUUGUGCCGAAAAUCACAUGAUCAUUGUGGAAGCUCUGCUAUUGCUAGGAGCAGAUGUCAAUAAGAAACCCAAACAUACAUCUUUAAUUGUCCAGGUCUGUGAGAAGGGAACCAAUGCUAAGUUGGUGGAGCUGUUGUUAAAUCACGGAGUUCAUGAACAGGAUUCGCGGAAGGCCCUUGAAAUAAGCAUUAAGAAUGGCAAUAAUGAGGUCAUCAGCUUGCUGUUAAAAAAGCUCGGUUUAGAUGUGGCUAAUAACAGCAUUUGCCUGGGAGGUUUUCAUAUGGGCAAAAUUCAACCUUCGUGGAUUCACCCGCUGUUCUCAGAGAAACAGAAUACGCAAAAAAAUCCUUCAGUAGAUCAUGAAGGAAGCAAAGACUUGGGGCCCAUUUUGGCAAGAAUGGUUUUUCGUUACCAGAGCAAACUCUAUGGUUGUCGAUCUUUAGGAGAAUCUCCCUCCAUGCCAGAGUUGAUUGAUAAAGAUGAUUCCUCCACAAAUGAUAGUUUUGAUGAUGUGUUUGCUAACAGUGAUGACCUAGAUAGCGAAGGCAGUGAAGGAAUGCAUCCUAUGAAAAAAUCUCACUCAUUUGUCGGCCUUGACAUUCAUAAAGAAAACUCAAAGCUGAACCAUGUGACAUCGGAUCAGCGGCGGACUAACUCCUUGGGUGGAUUUGGGGAUGAACCCAAUUUACGUCGCAGAAAAGAUUUUCCUCAAAUUGACUAUCCAUGUAAAGCACUUUUAUCCUUACACAUGAAACGAACCGAUAGCACCUCUUCAUUAACUGAAAAGGAACAUAUUCGAACCUUAGACUUGUCGGCAAAUGAUCUAGAAAGCAUUGACUUAAUAAAUAAAAAAUGCCUUUUAGCCAGUCAUUUGGAACGUCUUGAGAAACUGGAGCUUCAACAGAAUGCCUUAGCAUCUAUUCCGAAAUCCCUGUGUGACGUUUUCAAAUCUUUGACUUACCUGGAUUUGCGCAAUAACAAUUUCAAAACCUUUCCUGCUGCUGUUCUGGAAAUGAGUAGUAUCUCAUUCCUUGAUUUAUCGAGAAAUGAAAUUGGGCCUUCCAUAGAUUUGCAUACAAGUGCAAUAUGUCUGACCUUGAAGCAUCUAAAUCUAUCGUACAAUCAGCUGAAAGAAUUUCCUGAAUGUACUGAAAAUGUUGCACAAAGACUUGAAGAAUUAAUCCUUGAGGGUAACUGCAUUGCAGACAUUCAUGUACCACUAUGCUUGCCUGAACUAAGGACUUUGAAUCUGAACAAGAACAUGAUUUCCUCACUUGCACCCAAUAUCCUGAGUAACUGUGGAAAGCUAGAGGUAUUCUGUGCCAUGGCAAACAAGUUGGCAAUGGUGCCUAGUAUUCCUUCAAAGAUGACAACUUUAAGGCUGUCCCAUAAUGAAUUUACAAGUAUCCCUAAAGAAAUUCUUCAACUCUCUUAUUUGAGAACAGUAGAUUUAAGUAACAAUCAGAUCAGUAAUCUGCCUGGUCCACUGGAAUGGGCUUCUCUAAGUCUGCGAGAAAUCCUAUUGAGCCACAAUCAGAUCCACAUAUUGAAUCUUGAGUACCUCCGUAAAGAUGCAAGCAGAUGGUCACGUCUGGAGAAACUACAUCUUUCCCAUAAUAUGAUCAAGGAGAUACCACCUGAAAUUGGAUUUCUUGUGAGUGUCACUUGCUUUGAUAUAAGUCACAAUCCAGAUUUGAGGUCGUUUCCAGAUGAAAUGGGAAAACUUACUAAAAUAUGGGACCUUCCACUUGAUGGACUCCAUCUUGAUUUCGAUUUGAAGCGUAUAGGAUGCAAAGCCAGAGAUCUCAUACGAUUUCUUCAGCAACGUUUAAAAAAAGCUGUUCCUUAUAAUCGUAUGAAGCUGUUAAUCAUGGGAAACACAGGAAGUGGUAAGACAACACUUGUACAUCAGCUAAUGAAAGAAAAGCACCCAGGGUCGGGGUCCGAAAAGGCUACCAUUGGCAUUGAUGUGAAGGACUGGCCCAUUCCAAUAAGGGGGAAAGUUAAGAAGGAAAUCACUCUCAAUGUCUGGGACUUUGCAGGCCAAGAGGAGUUUUAUAGCACUCACCCACAUUUUAUGACUCCACGUGCUUUGUUCCUUGUGGUUUAUGAUCUCAGCAAAGGGGCUUCAGAAGUUGAUGCAAUAAAACCUUGGCUUUUUAACAUAAAGGCUCGCGCCUCAUCCUCACCUGUUAUUCUUGUUGGAACACACCUCGAUGUAUCUGAUGAAAAACAGAGAAAAGCCUGCAUAAAUAAAAUAAAGAUGGAGCUGUUCAAUCAACGUGAGCUUCCUUGUGUCCAGGAUUUUCAUUUUGUGGAUGCUACAGAAGAGUCAGAUGCUUUGGCAAAACUUAGGAAGUCUGUCAUAAAAGAGUGUUUGAAUUUUAAGAUUAGAGACCAAGCAGUUCUGGGGCAGCUGAUUCCAGACAGCUAUCUGGAGCUUGAGAAGAGAAUUCUGAUUGAAAAGAAGAACGCUCCCAUUGAAUUCCCUGUAAUUAACCACAAGAGGCUCCAAGAUAUUGUACAAGAAAACCGACUGGACUUGGAUGAGCAUGAACUUCAACACGCAGUUCAUUUUCUAAAUGAAUCUGGAGUGUUACUGCACUUUGAGGAUCCCGCUCUACAGCUUCGAGAUCUUUAUUUUGUGGACCCUGAAUGGCUCUGUAAAAUAAUGGCACAGAUUUUGACAGUAAAAGUUGAAGGAUGUCAGAGGUAUCCCAAGGGGAUUAUCCACUGUAUAGAUGUGGAAAAAUUUCUAUUCAAGAAAAAGAAAUUUCCCAAAAAUUAUAUUUCACAAUAUUUUAAGCUUCUGGAAAAGUUUCAGAUAGCUUUGCCCCUCGGUGAAGAGCAACUUCUCAUUCCCAGCAGUUUAUCGGACCACCGGCCAGUGAUAGAACUACCCCACUGUGAAAAUUCCGAGGUCAUUAUAAGACUGUAUGAAAUGUCAUAUUUUCCCAUGGGAUUUUGGUCCAGGCUUAUAAACAGACUUUUGGAAGUGUCUUCAUACAUGUUGUCUGGUCGAGAAAGAGUCCAGCGUCCUAACAGGAUGUACUGGAGACAAGGUAUCUACCUAAAUUGGUCUCCUGAAGCUUACUGUUUGGUGGAAUCAUCAAGCCUACACAACAACCCUAAUAGUUUUUUGAAAAUUACAGUUCCAUCCUGUAGAAAAGGUUGCAUUCUGCUGGGACAGGUUGUGGAUCAUAUUGAUUCACUAAUGGAGGAAUGGUUUCCUGGUUUGUUGGAAACAGAUAUUUCUGGUGAAGGAGACACGUUGUUGAAAAAGUGGGUGCUAUACAGCUUUGAUGAUGGUCAGGAACACAAGAAAAUUCUACUAUCUGAUCUGCUGCUGAAAGCUGAAGAAGGUGACUUGUUAUUGAAUCCAGAAGAUCCAAGAUCUACCAUUCCAAUUUCCCAAAUUGCUCCCGAUAUUGUUCUUGCUGAUCUGCCAAGAAAUAUCAUGCUAAAUAAUGAGGAACUAGAAUUUGACCAGUCGGCAGAGUAUUUAUUGGGUGAUGGCGGCUUUGGAUCCGUCUAUAGAGCUGUGUACAGAGGUAAAGAUGUAGCAGUGAAAAUUUUCAACAAACAUACUUCUCCAAGACUUUUAAGACAGGAACUGACAGUACUUAGUCAUCUCCAUCAUCCAAGCCUAGUGUGCUUACUUGCCGCUGGUGUUCGACCUAGAAUGCUAGUGAUGGAACUUGCUUCAAAGAGUUCUCUUGAUCAUCUGCUUCAGCAAGACAGUAGCGGCCUGACCCGAACUCUUCAGCACAGAAUAGCUCUUCAUGUUGCUGAUGGGCUGAGUUACCUUCAUUCAUCGAUGAUCAUUUAUCGGGAUUUAAAACCCCACAAUGUUCUCCUGUUUACUUUAUAUCCAAACUCUGCAGUCGUUGCCAAGAUUGCUGACUACGGCAUUGCGCAAUAUUGUUGCAGAAUGGGGAUCAAAACUUCAGAAGGUACCCCAGGAUUUAGGGCGCCAGAGGUGGCCAGAGGAAAUGUUAUUUACAACCAGCAGGCUGAUGUCUAUUCACUUGGAUUAUUGCUGUAUGAUAUUCUGACAGCUGGAGCAAGGAUGGUUGAAGGAUUGAAAUUUCCAAAUGAAUUUGAUGAAUUAGCUAUCAGCGGAAAAUUGCCUGAUCCAGUUAAAGAGUAUAAUUGUGUUGCCUGGCCAGAAGUUGAGGUGUUGAUUAAAAAGUGUUUAAAAGAAAAUCCUCAAGAACGUCCCAUAUCUGCCAAGGUUUAUGAGAUCCUGAACUCUGCAGAACUCCUCUGUUUGAUGAGGAAUCUUGUAAUACCAAGCCCUCUAACGGCCGAGUGCAUGGUGGCCACCAGUCCACGAUUCAAAGUGCCCACUGUUAUGGUUGGAAGUGGCAGUAGUGACAAAGGGCAGAUUUCUUGUUUAAACUUAAUAAAAGGUGGACAUACUUGUGAGGACUUUUGUGAAAGUAGAAUCCUUUGUCUUGCAUUUGUGACAUUACCUGAAGAAAGGGAACAUUGGAUCUUGGCAGGGAGCCAAUCUGGGGACAUUCUGGCUGCACAGGCAGAGGAUCUAAAGAAAAAACAUUUCCUUCAGAAAAUGCCUGACUCUGUUACGUGCUUCUUGUUUUCUGGUCAAAUACAGCAGAGUCAGAAGAAAUAUUUUCUCCUGGUUGGUACGGCCAAUGGACACAUUGCAAUUUUUGAAGCUGCUACAAUAAAGUGCACUAAUGUUUCUCCUAUGAAGAUGCUUAGAGUGGGAGAUAUCAGCACGCCAGUAAUGUGCUUGUGUGAAUCCACAUAUUCCUCUGAGAAGACAGCUGUCUGGGGAGUUUGUGGAACACAGAUCUUAUCCCUUUCCAAUGAUUUUGCAGUUCAGAAGACAAUUGAAACAAAAAAUGCUAUUCCAUUUUCACAUGGAUCAGCGAGUGAUUCGAAUAUUACUUCUGUUGCGGUUGACAAGUACAUCUAUGUGGCAAAGAAAUACAGUCCACAUGUGGAGAUUUGGGAUAAAAAGACCGAAAAAUUAUGUGAAACCCUUGACUGUGCCCGUUUCUUGAAAGAAGAAAUUGCGAAGCAGAGAAAAAUAAAGAAAGAAGAUGCUUAUACCGCCCGCGUUAAAGCCUUGUUUUUACAGAAAAAUACUGCUCUUUGGGUGGGAACAGGUGGAGGACAUAUCCUGCUCAUUGAUUUAUCGACUCGACGGCCAAUCAGAAUCAUCUCCAGUUUUUGUGACUCUAUUCGCUGCAUGGUUCCUUCUCAACUAGAAAAAGGAAGUGUAAAGAAUGUCGUGCUUGUGUUAGGAUGCCGUUGCACACCACAGAAAGACAUACAAUCAUUUCUCUCUGUGUGGGAUAUGAAUCUUCCACAUGAGGUCCAAAAUCUUAAAAAACACAAUGAAAUAAGACAGGAGCUGGCGGAGAAAGCAAGAGGAUUAUCACUAGACUGAAAACCAGUGUGGAAUUAAGUUUCACCGUUGAUGCACCUAUCAGCAAUUUGCCGUUGACACAUGACAUGGCUACAUGCUAACACUGUUCCCAGAGAGGUAUAAAGAUGCAGAUGGAAAUUCUGAUUUCACAACAUGUUCUACAAUGAAAAAAAAAAGAACAAUCUAUGUAGAAUAGUCUGUUUGUCCAUCACCCUGUAUUCUUAAGUGGCCAUUCAGAAGUAAUCCAUCACCAGAAAAUUUGAUUGAUUUUUACAUUUCUUUUGUGCAUGUAUAAUAUGUACAUACAGUAAAUGUUUGCUGGCAGAUAUUAUUUUAUAUUUAUUUAUGCAGUUUUAGUGCAUUUUCUGUAUGAAAAAAUUUAUUUUUUGCUUUGUGCAAAAGUUUAUUUUAUUUGGGAAUAAACUAUAAUAAAUGUAAUUAUCUGUUUGAUCUCUAAGUUUAUACUUCCUUAAUACUUUUUGAUACUUCUUUAAUACUGCUUGUUUUAUUUUAUUUUUUAGUUUUGUGACAUAAUUGCCUAGUAGAUCUUAAAGGGGAGAGCCAAGUAGAUUUUGAUAUACCCCUUUUUUCCAGACAUCCUAUAAAAGGGGAUUUAAAAAAUCCAUAACUAUUUCGGAGCAAUUAUUAGCGCAGAUUAAAUGGGUUGUUUGAGAUAAUGAAAAAUACUAGUAAUGCCAAACAUUGCUUCACUUUAAGCUAAGAAUGGAGUUGGAGCAUUCCUGUUCUGCAAAAUUAA